AUGACCUCCCCGCGCCGGCUGGGCCCCUCCCCAGGGACGGGCCAUGGCGGGGUGGAGCCCCUUGCCUCCCAGCCGGACCCCAAGCGGGCGCGUCCAGGCAGUGAAGUGACGAUCCUGGUUGGCGGUGACGAGAACAGGGCCGUGGAGGAGCCCGCCGCCACGCGCGAUGCGCAGAGCGAUGUGGAGGAGCCCGAAGUGGCUGAGGAGGAGCAGGUUGAGCAGGCACAGGUGGAGGCUGAGGCCCCCCUGCCCAGCGGGCAGGCCAGGGCGGGCCAGGUGGCCACCAUCACGCUGGUCAACUUCAUGUGCCACGAGCACCUGACCAUGGACUUUGGGCCCAACGUCACCUUCAUUUCGGGGUCAAACGGGAGCGGCAAGAGCGCGGCGCUCACCGCCCUGCAGUGCUGCCUGGGUGCCCGGGCCCGGGACACCGGCAGGUUCAAGUCGGUGCACGGCUUUGUGAAGCAUGGCAUGCCCUACGCCCUCGUCAGCGUCACCCUCUGCAAUGAGGGGCCAGACGCCUACCGUGCCGAGGAGCUGGGGCCCAGAAUCACGAUAGAGCGGCGCAUCAACAGCGGCACCGGUGGCCACAUCAAGAUCCGAGACGCGCAGGGCCGGGAGAGGAUGUCUGGCGCAAAGGAGGUGACAGCCCUCAUGGACCACUUCUGCAUCAACGCAGCCAACCCCGUCGUCGUCCUGACCCAGGACCUGGCGCGCGGUUUUGCCGGGCAGGCCAGCGAGGGGGCCAAGUUCCAGUUCUUCGAGGAGGCCAUGCACUUCCAGGAGAUCGGGGCGAACCUGCGCCUCGCCAACGAGCGGCUGGAGUGCAUGCUGGCCGCCAACAAGGGUGACGAGGCCGGCCUGCAGGGUGCCGAGGCCGAUCUGGGGGCCAAGAAGUCACGCCUGGAGCUCCUCAGGGGGGUGGAGGCGUGGCGCGCUACCCACGUGAAACUGGCCAAGGGUCUGGUGUGGAAAGCCGUGGCAGAGACAGAGGCAGACAUCCAGGAGGUGGAGCGGGACCUGGCGACCACGUUCCCAGAGUCGGCCGAGCAGGCGCGCGCCGACGCCAAGGCCGCAUGCGCCCGAAAGGACGAACUUGAUGUGGCGAUCUCGCGGGAGGAGGCCAAGGUAAACGAUCUGAAGGAGGCCAUCGAGGGCGUCACCCAGACAGUGCAAGCGCUGCGUGCCAAGAAGGCGGCGGGAGUGCAGGAGCUCUCCUCCGCGAGGGCAGACCUGCGGCGUCUGGAGGGCGAACUUGCAGGCAUGCGCUCCGAGCACCAGUCCAUGGCCGAGGCCAUCUCGGAGGUGGAUGGGCGCGGCGCGGCCGAGCAGCGGGCCCGCCUGGAGCGGAGUGGAGCGGCGGUGAGGGCGGCGGAGCUGGAGGCGGAGGCGGCGUGCGCGGCCGCGGCGCCGCGCUCCUUCGCCCGGCGGCCCAUCGGCCCCGUCGGCGCCGCGCUGGCGCUCAACGAUGACGUCUGGGCCCUGGCCGUGGAGUGCGCAAUCGGCCGGACGCUGCCCAACUUCCUCGUGCACAGCCACGAGGAUGCACGCGCCCUCAGGACGCUGAUGACGCGGUGCAACUGCCGGGCGACGGUCAUCGUCUACAACUUUGACCACCCACCCCAUGUGGUGCCGGCCCACCUGGCGGCCGCGCCGGACGUGCUCACCGUGGAGCGCGCCCUGGUGUUCCCGCCGGGGGCUGAGGGCUCUGUGCUGCGCAACGUGCUCAUGGACCACCAGAACAUAGAGCGCAUAACGAGCGUCUGGUCCGCGGGCGGCCACCAGGCCUAUCUGCGCGGCAGCAACGAGGUGCUGACCGCCCCCAACCGCCGCCUGGUGCCCAGCCUGGCCCGGGACACGAGCCAGGCGGAGGCCAUGGCGCAGCAGGACCUGGCGGAAGCUCGGGCGCAGCUGGAGCAGCAGCGGGCAGAGGAGCGCAGGCUGGCGAGCGAGGCGGCGGCCUGCGCCGCCCUCCGCCACCAGGCGGAGGCGGGCAUGCAGCAAGCGCGGGAGCACUUGUCGCAGCUGGAGCAGGGGUUGGCGGAUGCCCGUACACAGGCCGAGGCUGUGCGGGAGGAGGCGGUGGCCGGGGAGAACGACAGCCACGCCAAGCGCCUGGCGGAGCUGGCCGGUGACAUCGCCAGCAGCGCCGUGCAGGCCGAAGCCCGCCGCGAUGCGGUGGCUCGCCUGGAGGCGGCGCAGGCGGAGCUGGAGGCGCGGUGGCAGGAGGCGCAAGGCGCCGCCCCGGCCAGCGCGCGAGAGCUGGAGAAGGCGCAGACCGUCAUCGAGGACUGCGCCCGUGAGAGGGCCCUGUGCCAUGAAAAGGAGACAGAGGCGUGGGCCCACCUGGAUCAGGUGGAGCAGAGCUCGGAACGGGCCCAGGCGGUGCUCGACCAGCUGGAGGCGGUGCUGAUUCAGCAGCUGGCCUCGGCCGAGCGAGUGUGCCCCCUGGCCGAGGGCGAGGCCGCGCUGGAGGCCCUCACCCGUGAGGUCGGCGAGGGCGGGGGGCCCAAUCUCGGUGCGCGCGGGGGCGAUGGGAGGCCGGGAGAAGCGACCGACUCUGCAGUGCCAGACCCCACCGCCGCCGACCCGCUGUCCACCCGUGCGCUGCUGGCAUGGCUGACCCAGCUGUCCGCCCGCAUCGCGCGGCGCGAGCGGGAGGCCGGCGCGGCCCUGGGAGACCUCCAGCUGGAAGUUACGCGCGGCGAGCGGCGCCUGGCGGCCAUGCGCGGCGCGCACGCCCGCUCCGACGCCAUGUGCUCGCUGCUGCGCGCGAGCGCGCGAGAACGCGUGAAGAAGCUGCGCCGGCUGCAGCGCAGCGUCGCCACACUGCUGGACCGCCACUUCGGUAGCUACCUGGGCAUGCGCGGGCACGCAGGGUCGGUGACCGUGGACUACGAGACACGGCGGCUGCGCAUGGAGGUGCACAUCGCCGGCGGAGCACGCGUGACCGACAUGAACGCGCUGAGCGGCGGGGAGCGCAGCAUUGCCACCGUCUGCCUCAUCAUGGCCAUGGGUUAUGUGGGUCAGGGCGCGCCCUUCAGCUGCAUGGACGAGUUUGACGUCUUCAUGGACGCCAUCAACCGACGAGUCGCCCUCCAGUUCCUGCUCGAGUUUGCCUACAAGUUCCAAGACCGGCAGUUCAUCUACCUGACGCCACAGGCGAGUGCAACAAUGCAAAAGGCGUUGGGCAUGCGGGCCAGAGACCUCACUGCUCUCCAUGAGGCCGAGGAGAACCUGGUGGCAACCAAAAAGAUCUCUCUUCCCCCUGGUUUUCUCCGGACCGUGCGCAUGCGGGCCCCUCGCUCCGAAGCCUCAUGA